UAAAAGAAGUACCGGAUCAAAAUCAAAACCAAAACAUUGAACGCGUUGUUACCGUUGUUACUGUCACUCACUUGGCAGACCAAACUAGCACCAGCAGACAACACAACGCGAAUCGCAAAUGAAUACACUUCCAUACACUCGAGAAAGCAGUGUUUACGGCGUGCUUUUGCGCGAAGCUUCGAGCUUGAGUUCUUCCGAUAGUGGUUUGUUCGUUAUUGUUUAGUGCAACGUGUCUUUCGAAAGUAGUGUGUUUACCUUCAUAGAUCAAGAAGUGUCAAUCCCUCCUAGGCUUGGAACAGAUUAUCUUUUUCGCUCUUAAUCUUUUAUGUCUGCGGCUGAAGAAUGCUCAAGAUCUACAACUUAAAGAAACAUGUCUUUAUCCCUCUGCAUCAGUUUGCAGAUUUUUAUACCAAGGCAGGUGAUCAAUGAUUUUAUGAAAGGAGUCGGUGGUUCUCGUCGAGUUUUGGCCUUAAUGCGCCGUUACCUACCUUGAGGUUGAGGCUACCUCGCUUUCUUCGCGCUCUCGGACACCCUUGAUUUCAAGACCAAGAUGGCUGACAAAACGAAGAGAGGCUCCAAGUUUUCACGUUUGCUGCGAAAAAGGGUUCCAAUCUUGUCAUGGAUGCCAUCUUAUUCAACAGACAAAGGCAUUAGUGAUCUCAUCGCUGGUGUCACUGUUGGCCUCACUGUCAUGCCACAAAGUUUGGCAUAUGCCACGCUUGCCGGAUUAGAACCUCAGUUUGGCCUGUACUCGGCUUUCAUCGGAUGCUUAGUGUACAUUGUGUUCGGCAGCUGUAAAGAUAUCACAAUAGGACCUACAGCUUUAAUGUCAUUGAUGACUUACCAGCAAGUCUAUGGGCGAAACUCAGACUUUGCAGUCCUGCUAUGCUUUCUCACUGGUUGUGUUCAGAUUUUGAUGGGUAUAUUACAUCUAGGUGUUUUGAUAGACUUCAUAUCCAUUCCUGUAACAGUUGGGUUCACUUCAGCAACCUCAGUCAUUAUUGCGUGCUCACAGCUGAAAGGCCUUCUUGGCUUGGAAUUCACAUCUGCUGGUUUUCUAGACACCCUUCAGAAGGUAUACAAUCACAUUGGCGAAACACGACUGGAGGAUACAACGCUUGGCAUUGUAUGCAUUUCAAUUUUGAUUCUCUUGCGCAAAAUGAAAGAAGCAAACCUCGACCACUUGAAAUUGACGAAAAAUCAGAAAACAGCCUUGAAACGAUUCUUGUGGAUUGUAUCCACAUCCAGAAACGCUCUAGUCGUCAUAGUUUCCUCUAUUAUUGGCUACAUGUACUAUAAUGAAUCUGAGAGAACCUCAAUUGUUAUAUUGACUGGAAAAGUCAAAUCAGGGUUGCCAGAUUUGAAACCGCCCCCUUUUACCACAAAUUUGAAUGGAAUAAACUUGUCCUUUUCAGACAUGUGUACUGAGUUGGGUUCAUCUAUCCUUCUAGUUCCAAUUAUUGGUGUUUUGGGUAAUGUCGCGAUUGCAAAAGCUUUCUCAAGUGGGGACUCGGUAGAUGCAACCCAGGAGCUUUACACCAUAGGCCUGGCUAAUAUCGCUGGUUCGUUUCUGUCAUCGUAUCCAGUGACAGGAUCUUUUUCACGGUCUGCCGUAAACCAUGCAUCUGGAGUGCAAACACCUUUCGGUGGAUUUUACACAGGUGCUUUGAUCAUUCUAGCUUUAAGCCUGCUCACGCCUUAUUUCAAUUACAUACCAAAAGCCUCGUUAGCUGCAGUCAUUAUAUGUGCAGUCAUUUAUAUGAUAGAAUACGAAGUUAUUAAACCCAUGUGGCAGUCAAGUAGAACAGACUUAAUUCCAACUUUUGCAACGUUUGUCAUGUGCCUCAUCUUCGGUGUAGAAUAUGGUAUUUUGUUUGGCGUUUUUAUCAACAUCAUUAUAUUGCUAUACACAUCAGCAAGACCUGUUGUCCAUGUGGAGAAAAGUCAGAGUAGUUCUGGGCAUGAGUACCUACUAAUUCAGCCAGGAAAUAACAUCUACUUUCCUGCUGUUGAUUUUGUUCGGUUGAACGUUUGUAGAAUUGCCAUCAAACAAGGCUACUCAAAAUUACCCGUUGUCAUAGACUGUCGCUAUAUUCAAGGUGCAGAUUUUACUGCGGCAAAAGGUAUUUACUCUCUGAUAAGCGAGUUUAACAAGCGAUCGCAGCCAAUUUACUUUUUAAACCCAAGCCCAAAUAUCUUGAAUGUUUUCAAAGGAGUCUGUUUUGAUGCCUUCAAAUCUGUCAGUUCGCAGCAAGAGCUCGAUCAUGUGUUGGCAAAUAUAUCUAGUACAUCAACAGAGCCUUGUGAACUGAAAGAGGUGAAAACCGUCAAUGGUGUUUGUGAGAUAGAAAGUAAAGGCAAUACUGAUGCAGCAAGUGAGGUCCCUCUCUUGGAAGAUUCGCUCAAACCACAAAUUGUCAAAACCUCGUGAGGGCUUACUAGUUGGAAUCAGGUGUAAAAAUUGUAAUUUUUGUCUACAUGACCAGUUAAGGUGCUAAGAUCUGUAACUAAGUUGCCUUUAUUCAGGGGUUCACAUUCAUUUAUACGUCCAAUUCUACUCAAACAUUUUGCCCAUGCAUUUUUUAAGUAUAGGCACUUCCUGUAUUUAUUGUUUCCUAGCCGGAGAUGCAAUAAAAUAACUUGCUAAAGGCCUUGGAGGUAUAUUAUCAGGCUCAUUGUUGGAAAUUUUUGAUGAAAACUUGAGGGGUUUGGAGGACAACUGACAGAGUGCACAAGUGCAAUUUUUGAAAAAAUGGAAAUAUUCAUAAA